CAGUAGAUCAGGCAGGAAUGCGGCAGACAGGACUUGUGUUCAUGGCCAUGGCUGUCUGUGUGGCUCUUCCAACCUCGGAAGCCAUACUUCCCAUUGCUUCCAGCUGUUGCACUGAAGUUUCACAUCAUAUUUCCAGAAGGCUUCUGGAAAGAGUGAAUGUAUGUCGUAUCCAGAGAGCUGAUGGGGAUUGUGACUUGGCUGCUGUCAUACUUCAUGUCAGGCGCAGAAAAAUCUGUGUCAGCCCACACAAUCAUACCAUUAAGCAGUGGAUGAAAGCACAAGCAGCCAAGAAAAAUGGUGAAGACAUUUGCCUUAAGAAGAAACACCAUGGCAAGAACAGAAAAGGGGCCCAUCAGGAGAAAAUAUGAAACAUAUGGCCCCAAAACUCCUUAUUAGAGUUUACAGAUGAGUCUGCAAAGAUGACACUUCAAGUGAACUUGACCAUGGUUGGUUAU